AUGGAUGCAGCCGACAGGAAGAAACAAGACAAAGUUCUGGCUAAACUGAGACAGUCGUUCUGCAUGACCAAGGCGCAAGCAUACAGCGCAUUUACGAAGAGGAAGCUCCGGAUCGACGAGUCUCCUGACGCCUACGUAGCUGACCUACAGAGGCUGUACACUUUGGCGGGUCAUGCUGCUGAUGAUGACAAGGACGCACUGCUGAUAGAGCAGAUGAUCGCUGGUCUGUCAUCCCAGUACGCCCGCGAGUUGAGGUUCACCAUGGCAGGCAAGGAGCUGUCCUUGUCAGGAUGUCUAGAUGUAGUCCGUGCUCUGCGCAGCGCCAAUGCUGAUGAUGCCUGUGGCAGGAGCGAGGUAGUGGCAGUUACUGCACCAGCCCAGGCUGGUCAACAGACUGCAUCUUCUGACGCCUGCUACCUGUGUGGCGAAGUAGGUCACAUAAAGAGGUUUUGCCCCAAACGGCAGAGCUGGGGCCGUGGCCGUGGAUUCGGUGGUGGCCCUACGGCCACCACCGAAUCCACGGCCACGGCCGGUGGACUCGGUGGUGGUCGUGGCGGUGGAUUCGGUGGUGGUCGCGGCGGCACUUGGAACCGGGAUUCCCGCCCGAGGGAGACACUGUCUCAGUGCUAUUUCUGUGACGGCGUUGGGCACCUAAAGCGAGACUGCCCUGAGCGUAACACCUGGCAAGAGAGCAAGUCAGGAACUGCAGCUUCGGCUGUUGGAAAUGCAGCUCCAGUGCGCCCGACGAUGUCCGAGGAUGCAACGUGCCUGUGCUCUGUAGCUGAAGCAACGCGUGCAUCGCUACCGCGCCUAUUCCUAGAUCUGCGGUCCAGCGCUAGCGUACGUAACGGCUGGGCGCGAGCUCGGUCCGCCAUCGACACGUGCGCAAGGUACACUAUGGUAACUGCAUCGUUCCUCCGAGCCUAUGACAUCGAUUAUGACCCCGGAAAGCCGAGAUCCAUAGUAGCCGUAGACGGCAAGCCGGUUAAAAUCCUCGGUGAGACGGACCUUCAGCUCCAGCGAAUGGACGGACCGGUGUCUCUCCCACGGGUGCACGUAAAAGCAUGCGCCGUCGGAUCGCUAGCGGCGGUCGGUGCGGACAUCUUGCUCGGUGCAGAUGUCAUCGCUGGUGUCGGAGGUGUCAGCAUCGGAUAUGGCAAUGACGGGGAGAUCGACUCGGCUAAUUUCGGACCGGGGAUUCCCAGCGUCAGUGCAACGGCUGCGCCGGCAAGUGACCACCCCCUCCGCCAUGUGACUGUGACCAGGGAUGCCAAAGAUGUCACCCUGGCUGCGGACGAAGGACAGGUGCACUGGGACGAUGAACUGAAGAAGUGGACCCUGCAGUGGCGUUGGAAGGAUGGCCAGGAGCCGUCGCAUCCGAUCGGAUCAGGCAUUGGCCAGUAUGCACGCACCAACCUGUCCGCUGAACAGGAGACCCAGUUCUGCGACGAAGUGGAUUCCUGGGUGGAAAAAGGCUGGCUAGUGGAGCACGACGAGGCCACCCACGGAUCGCCUACAGCUGUUAUCCCCCUACUGGCGAAGAGUCAGGCCCAUAAAUCUACCACUCCCGUUCGCCCCUGCCUGGACUACCGUGGCCUCAACAACCUGAUUAAGUCCAACCCAGGCAUGGAUGCUCCUGCUUGUGCCGAGAAGAUACGGAAGUGGGGGCAAGUCGGAGGCCAGUAUGAGCUAGUCGAUGUGCGCAAGGCCUACCUACAGGUGCAUGUGGACCCGGCUCUUCUACGAUACCAAGUGGUCGUGUGGCGCGGCAAAUUGUACGUAAUGACCGGGAUGGGCUUUGGGCUAUCCAUUGCCCCAAAGUUCAUGGACGUGAUCGUACGAUGGGUGACACAACCGUGGCCGGAAGCCGAAAACUACGUCGAUGACGUCCUGACGCCGGCGGAUGAGCGUGAAGAUGUUGUUGCGGAAUUCGCACGAUACUCGCUGCCAACCAAGCCAGCGGAGCCGCUGUCGUCCGCUCGAGUCCUAGGCCUGCAGUUGUCGACGCCUGUGGAAGGUGACGCCACAUACUGGUCGCGACGCGACGGCGUGGAUCUGGCAUUUCAGCGCCCGUCGACGAAGCGUGCCAUUUUCCAGUGGACAGGCCGCUUAACGAGCCACUACCCGGUAGGCAGCUGGCUGCGACCUGCCUGCUCGUACCUGAAGCGGAUGGCCAGUGUGGCUGCUACUUGGGAUGAGCCAGUGCCGGAAAGGGUCGUGCAGUAUGCAGAGGAAGUUGCCGACCGACUACAGCAAGAGGACCCGGUACGAGGGAAUUGGCACGUGACGUCGAAGUCGGAAGGCAAUUGGGCCGUCUUCUGCGACGCGUCUGAUAUAGCAACUGGCGUUGUGUUGCAGCACAAUGGCAACACCAUCGAGGACGGGACGUGGCUGCGAGAUGCCGAGGACAUCAACGUCGCCGAGCUUGACGCGUGCAUUCAUGGGCUCUCUCUCGCUGCCGAGUGGGGCCUGAGUUCGAUACGGCUCGUCACGGAUUCCAAGACGGUGUUUGCUUGGCUUCAGCAGGUCGCUGACAACGUGCGUCGCGUGAGACUCGGGGUCUUCACAAGGUAUGGAUCGAGAGACGCUUGCAAGUGGUAG